AUGUCUUCACCACCCCCUCCUGCGGAAGAUACAUCGACGAUGGAUGUCGACGCCGAGAUGGCAGACAAUACACAAGAGACGGCGGCGGAAGGGUCCUCGACGCAACGGAACCACCUGGAGGCCUCAUCAGGCACCCUAGACAACGAGUUCACCCAGUCGGAAACGCAGCCUACGGCGACAACGUCCGCGGGAGCAGCUUCGCAGCAGAAUCGCAAGGACAUCACGCUCAGAGAGUUCCUCAGCAAGAUGGACGAUUACGCUCCGAUUAUCCCUGAUGCCGUAACGUCGCAUUACCUCACACUCGCUGGACUUCCUCCGCCAUCACCGCAUGACCCAAGCGGCGCAAGCACGAACAGCACGCCUCUCCCUCUUGCCCGACUGUUGGCGCUCGCGACACAGAAGUUCGUCGCCGACGUAGCCGCCGACGCGUACCAGUACAGCCGGAUCCGAGCGGGCAAUUCUGCCGCGGCGAGCAAUGCCCUCGGCAACGCCGCGAUGGGGGCGGGCGCCGCCGGCCAGGGUUCGUUCGGUGGUUCUGGUGCGGCCGGCGGAGGGGCCGGAGGAAAGGGCCAACAAGCGGCACAACUGGGCGUGCAGAGAAGCGGUUACGGCGGCGGCGGUCAGGGAGGGUCCGGACAGGGCCGGGCGGUGUUGACCAUGGAAGACCUCGGUAUGGCGGUCCAAGAGUACGGGGUCAAUCUCAAGAGAGGAGAGUUCUACCGAUAA